AUGGAAGCUUUCUCUCUGAGGUUUGAUAUUGAAGAUCACAUCAACAACACUUCAGAUAUUGGAUUCAUUGCAAGGAUGAAGAAGCUCCUGGUUCCACAAUAUGGAGACUUUCUGAAAAGUGAAGAAAUGCUCAUCGAUGGCUUUAGGUACAGGAACAGCAGCAGCGGCGGUAAUCCAAGCAGCGGCAUCGGGAAGGCCACUGUGCGUCUCUUCGUCGUUCAUGUCUGCCUUGUCGUCAUCAUCGCCAACGUCCAAGACGAACUGGGCCAACGGGUCGCCGCAUCUAUUGGCACAGACAGGUGUAUCUAUAUUCACUGCGACAUCACCGAUGAAGAUCAAGUCAAGUCCAUGGUGGAACGGACAGUUCGAAGCUAUGGUCACCUGGACAUCAUGUUCAGCAACGCUGGUAUCUUUAACAACCACCAGGGUAUCCUAGACCUUGAUUUAAUUGCUUGUGAUCAUCUCUUCGCCGUAAACGUCCGGGGAAUGGCCGCUUGUGUGAAGCACGCCGCGCAAUCCAUGGUGGAUACAGGCGUCAAGGGGAGCACCGUGUGA